AUGUACAUCAGAAUAGUAACACUUUUGAUAAUUAUAACAAAUUUCUUCAGUCUAUCAGUAUAUUGCGCCAAAACUAAAUAUUUUAUCCCUAGUAUUCGCGCCAAUUGGUUCAAAGCAAAUGAGUUCUGUAACUCACUACACAUGAGACUGCUCAUCGUAAAGUCUAAGGAUGAAAACGAUGCCGUCGGAAGGUAUGUUAAAACAACGGAAAAAUUUACUGAAGAAGGUUGCAGCUUCUGGAUGGGUGCAACAGAUCUAGCUGAAGAAGGUACCUUCAUCUGGACAGCAACUGGAGAGCCACUGACCUACAACAACUGGAGACGUGGAGAACCGAACGAUGGUAUGAAUGAAAACGAGGAUUGUCUUCAAUUGGUAUACAUGCCAAAAUCGGACUAUAUUUGGCACUGGAACGAUAAUAUAUGCACAGAAAAAAUCCUUUAUUUCAUUUGUGAGCAAGUUGACAACGAUUGUGUGACUAAUUUUUAACGAACUCUU